AUGAGGGUUAGUGAAAGUGUGCAAGUAGAUAACUACACUUUUCCUUCCGUUCUCAGAGCUUGUGCUAAUCUUUUAGCCAAUGAGAAAGGUAGGGAGGUUCAUGGAAUGGUUAUUAGAAUUCGGUAUGACUGGGAUAAGUUUGUACGUAGUUCGUUGCUAAAUUUCUAUACUGUUUUUGGGGAAAUUAAUGAUGCACAGCGAGUAUUUGAUGAAUCUGAGAUAAAAGAUGUUGUUCUGCGGAACACAAUUAUCAUGGGUUAUGCUCGAGCAGGGAGGUACUUGGAAGCCUUUGAGAUUUUCGAGGAGAUGAUUGGGCUGAGAGGUAUUAGACCCAAUGAAGGGGCAAUAUUGGGUUUGAUCUUGGCUUGUUUGGUCUCGAAAGAAAUUAAAUUGGGGAAAGAGAUCCAUGGUCAUGUUGUAAAAGAGAUGGGCUUUACCAUAUAUGUAAAACUAGGGGCUGCCUUAAUUGACUUCUAUGCGAAAUAUGGACAAUUGGAUGAUGCAAGGAAAUUAUUUGAAGGAAUGCCAGAAAGGAAUAUUGUAGUGUGGAACUCAAUGAUUAGUGGCUAUCUCACUAAAAGGAUCUCCACGCCAGGCAAUUGA